UUUUGAUUGAACAUACGUUAUGGGAAAAUCAAGACCUAGAUUCAAUGAGAAAGCUCGAGCUUCCUCUCUUCGUCCAACUCAACGACCUCAUCCAAAAGCCAGAGACGGUGGUCUUGGUGUUGCAGCAUUUGAUCCUGAGCUUGCUCCUGCAGCUCAACAACAACCAAAGAAGCAAGAUCUAAAAGAUACCAAUGAGCUCAUGAUCAUCCCAGGUGCUGAGAAAGAAGAGGAACAGCCUGCAAAAGUGACAGCUCCUUCUUUUAAACAACCAGAAAAAUACAUGUCCAAGAAGAAGAGAAAGAAGCUCGAGAAAUAUAUUGUAAAUAGAGAAUAAACACUAUCCAACCACCGUGUAUUAACUGAAAGACGGGAACAACUUUAGGAACAAAAAAUGAAAAAAGAGGCACGAGCAGGACUAUUAGAAAAACUAUCAACGUCAUCAUGGUCUUCAGAUCUCCUGAAAUCAUCCAAGUUAAUAGGUCGAUCUGGCCAGACUCUUCGUGAAAAACUCCACCAAGCAAUGCUCGAACAAAAGGCUGGCUUGACACCCACUACAGAUGUACCAUUGAUUAUAGAAAAAGAUAUAGAAUCACUACCUCCCAUUGAAGAGGCCAUAUUUGAGAAAAAGGAAGAGAAAAAGGAUGAACCAGUGGUAGGAAGUGCUUUAAAGCAAGAUGGUUCUACCUUGAAUCUUGUCAAACGCAAAAGAAAGAAGAAGAAGUCGACCAUUCCUGAAAUUGCCAGAAAACGAUACAAGCAGAGAAAGGGUAUUGAAUCCGAUUCAUCCUUUGACAGUUCUGAUUCCGCCUAUGACGAUGAUGACGAUGAUGAUGGCGAAACAAAACCACAGAGAUCAGCGCCUGAACCCGAAGAGGAGGAACAAAAGGGGCCAACACAUUUAGAGCAGAUUGUUGAAGCAACAAAGAGCAUUGUGGCACCGAUACCCAAGAGAGUGGAAGAGGAAUAUGAUGACCUUAAAGUACAGUUAUUGAAGAGUAACAGAGAAGGAGACCUGAGUAAAGACGAAGUCAAGCCCUUCUACGUCAAUGUCAACAGAAAACCAGAGAUUCAAGAAGCACGUCUACAGUUACCUGUUUGUGGAGAAGAACAAGUGAUUAUGGAAGCUAUCCGAAAUAACACCGUUGUGGUUAUCUGUGGUGAAACAGGUUCUGGUAAGACAACACAAGUACCGCAGUUCUUGUAUGAAGCAGGCUGGUCUCAUCCUGAGAGUGAUAAUCCUGGUCUCAUCGGUGUCACUCAGCCUCGACGAGUUGCUACCGUGAGCAUGGCCAAACGUGUAGCAGAUGAAUUGAACCUGUCCGAUAAAGAAGUGUCAUAUCAAAUUCGUUACGAUGCUACUGUAUCCGAUAAAACGCGCAUCAAAUUUAUGACAGAUGGUGUGUUGCUUCGUGAAAUGUCUCAAGACUUGUUGCUGACCAAAUACUCAGUGAUCAUCAUUGACGAAGCACACGAACGCAAUAUCAACACAGAUAUUCUUAUCGGUGUACUCAGCAGAGUGUUAAAACUGAGAGCUCAGAUGAGCCGUGAAGAUAGAGAAAAGAUUAAACCACUUCGUGUGGUCAUCAUGUCAGCCACGCUCCGUGUGUCUGACUUUACAGAAAACAAGACCCUCUUUGCGACACCACCACCCGUGAUCAAUGUGAAUGCGCGUCAAUAUCCCGUAUCGAUCCAUUUCAACAGAAAAACUCCGGAAGAUCAUGUUGCAGAUGCUUAUAAAAAGGUGACCAAAAUACAUGAGCGUUUACCUCCUGGAGGUAUCUUGAUCUUCUUGACUGGUCAAAAUGAAAUUACUCAGCUCUGUAAGAAGCUGCGAAAGAGAUACCCUGCUCUCCCUGAAAAGGCAACUAGUGCUGAACAAAAGCAACAAGAGGCUGCACAAGAAAAAGAGUCUAAAAAGGUGAACCAACCAGCUGGCAAAGUUGAUAUUGAAGAAGAGGCUAUUGAACUGGGUGAAAAUCAAGUUGAAGAAGAUUUUGAUAUAGAUACAGAUAGCGAAGAUGAAGAUGAUAUCGCAGAAGGGUUUGAUGAAGAUGAGCUGGAUCAGGUUGUGAAAGAUGCACCUUUACAUGUAUUGCCCCUAUACUCUAUGCUUCCAACCGAAGCACAACUGCGUGUAUUUCAGCCACCACCAGAGGGCACUCGACUCUGUAUUGUAGCUACCAACGUUGCAGAAACAUCCGUUACGAUUCCUGGUAUUCGAUAUGUAGUCGAUUGUGGUAAAUGCAAAGAACGAAAGUACGACAUAGCCACUGGUGUACAAUCAUUUGAAAUUGGCUGGACUUCAAAGGCUUCUGCAGAUCAGCGUGCAGGUCGUGCAGGAAGAACAGGUCCUGGUCACUGCUAUCGUCUGUUUUCAUCUGCUGUCUUUGACAAUGAGUUUCCUCAAUUUUCUACGCCAGAAAUUGAUCGUAUGCCUAUUGAAGGUGUUGUUCUCAACAUGAAAUCAAUGUAUAUAGACAAUGUUGUCAACUUUCCAUUUCCUACGCCGCCUCCAAAAGAGAAUCUCCAAAAGGCUGAAAAGUUACUGGGUUAUCUUGGUGCUGUAGAUCAACACACGAAGCGUAUCACAGAAUUUGGUCACAUUAUGUCUUUAUUCCCUAUCACGCCUCGGUUUGCUAAAAUGCUUAUUAUUGGACAACAACAUGGAUGUCUUCCUUAUGUUAUUGCCAUUGUAUCAGCACUUUCUGUAGGAAAUCCGUUUAUCCAAGAUUAUCAAUUAGAAGACAAACUAUCAGAUGCUGACAGCGACGAGGAUGAAGAAAUUGCACAACUUCAAAACGAAGCUGCGAUAGAAAAGGCAAAAAGAAAGAUGAUGAGAAAGAAAUACUUUGGUGCAUUAACGAAACACGCUUCAUUAGACCCUUCAAGCGAUAUUCUCAAACUUCUUAGUGCAGUAGCUGCAUAUGAAUAUGCAGGUGCAACCACAUCGUUUUGCGAAGAAAACUUUUUAAGGCCUAAGGCAAUGGAAGAAAUUCGCAAACUUCGACGACAGCUCACGAACCUAGUCUCUGCCAACUUUCCUGACAUUGAUGUCUGUGUCGAUCCCAAGAUGAAACGACCCAGCUCGACCCAGUUAAAGGUGCUCAGACAGGUUCUUACUGCUGGAUUUAUUGAUUCUGUAGCUAUUCGUCAAGAUGUGUUAGAGACCGGUGGUGGAAAAGGCAAGAAAUACAAAAACGCACGUCAUGUGGUGUACCGAUUGAUGUGGAGCGACGAAGAAGCAUUUAUUCAUCCUACAUCGACACUGUUUAGUCAAGAGCCACCUGCUAUGCUUGUCUAUAGUGAAUUAUCCAAAUCUGGCAAGACAUGGCUAAAAGGGAACACAGCAGUUGAAGCCAAAUGGGUUGCCAAAUUAGGACAUGGACUCUGCUCUUAUGGCAGACCACUCGAAUACCCACUUCCAAAGUAUAUUGGAGAUAAGCAAGAUAGAAAAUUGGUUUAUGUAGUACCAAGCUUUGGUCCAAAAGGAUGGCCAUUACCACCUAUACAAGUAGAGCAAAGACGAGAAGGAACCCGUUGGGUGACUGUGUCACACUAACUAUUAUGCAAUAAAUAAAUGACC